GAGCCUCGAGUUCUAUGCGCCUGCGCAGUGCCGGGCGCUGGGAGGGGCGGCAGUGCAGUAGCGGGUCCGCUGCGGGGAGCUGGAGGGUGGCGCCGAGACUGUCUUCCCUGCAGCCAGUUGGUGGAAGCUUGCGCCUUUGGCGCGUCCCUCUUCUCUUCCCGCGGAGAGCUUGGGAUGUGGUGAUGUCAGCGAGACUUCUCAGAGCCCUGGCCGGAUCUCACUGUAUUCUAUCAAAAGCAUGCCACUGCCAAACAUUUGUUCAUCAGACAGUAAAACCACUUAAGGAACUUGAGAGUGCAACACGUUGCACCUGGACAAGAAGCCCAAACUUGGACUUGUUCUUUCCUGGUACAUCAGCUGGUGGUUCGAAUAAGACCCAGAUUCUGGAAAUGAACCGGAACCCAUCACAGACGGGCAUAUUCUAUACAAUAAACACUGCAUAUCGCCAAGAUGAAAAAGCACACCUUCCAACCAGGAAGUCUUUGGGCACUCAGCGGAAAGUGACUCACAAACCAAAUCUAUUAGGCUCUAAGUGGUUUAUAAAAAUAUUAGAGAGGCAUUACUCGUCCACACCACCAGAAACACUUGUUUCUAAACAAGACUUGCCGCAGAUCAAGAGACCACUAAAAGCCUCGAGGACCAGGCAGCCAUCCAGGACCAACCUUCCAGUUCUGUCUGUGAAUGAGGACCUGAUGCACUGCACAGCAUUUGCAACUGCAGAUGAAUAUCAUCUUGGAAAUCUGUCUCAAGAUCUGGCCUCUCGUGGAUAUGUGGAAGUAACAAGCUUGCCUAGAGAUGCAGCAAAUAUUUUGGUGAUGGGUGUCAAAAAUUCUGCAAAAGAAGGGGAUCCUGGAACAAUAUUCUUCUUCAGGGAAGGAGCUGCUGUGUUCUGGAAUGUGAAAGACAAAACUAUGAAGCAAGUGAUGCAAGUUCUAGAAAAACAUGAAAUUCAGCCCUAUGAAAUUGCAUUGGUACACUGGGAAAAUGAAGAGCUUACCUAUGUAAAAACAGAGGGACAGUCAAAACUUCACAGAGGGGAAAUCAGGUUAAAUUCAGAGCUGGAUUUAGAUGAUGCCAUUCUAGAGAAAUUUGCUUUCUCAAAUGCUCUCUGCCUUUCAGUGAAACUGGCUAUUUGGGAGGCAUCACUGGAUAAAUUUGUUGAAUCUAUUCAGUCAAUUCCAGAGGCUUUAAAAGCUGGGAAGAAAGUGAAACUAUCUCAUGAAGAAGUUAUGCAGAAAAUGGGUGAACUGUUUGCCCUAAGACACCGUAUAAACUUGAGUUCAGACUUCUUGAUUACUCCUGAUUUCUACUGGGACAGAGAAAACCUGGAAGAACUUUAUGAUAAAACUUGUCAGUUCCUAAGCAUUACUCGUAGAGUUAAGGUCAUGAAUGAAAAACUUCAGCACUGCAUGGAGUUAACAGAUCUGAUGCGAAAUCACCUGACGGAGAAGAGGGCACUGCGCCUGGAGUGGAUGAUCGUCAUCCUGAUCACCAUAGAGGUAAUGUUUGAGCUGGGACGAGUGUUUUUCUAAGCAAGUGAUGACCAAAGGAAAAGUGUCAUUUCAAGAGCUAUGCAAGUUCUACAAUCAAAAAUAAAUGCUCACUAUUGGGGGAAAUCUUAUUUAAUAGGUAUUUAAAUUUUUAGUCAAGAAAUUGUUAUAAUCAUUUCAUCUCCUAAAUGUAUUGCUGCUUGAAUAAAAAUUAUGAAGGAUCUGGUGUUUGGGUCUGUUAACAGACAAUUUGAAAGGAAAAUGUUUAAAGAACUAGAUAAGCUCAGCAGCUAGGAAAUGUAGGCAGAUACUUAGUAAAGCCAAAGGCUUAGCUUUGGACACUGCGCCUAACACAUCCCCAGGGAAUCCCAGGCAUGGUCUUGGCUGAGAACCAUACAGGAACUCAGGAGUGCUGAAAUAUACAAAAUGACGCAGGUGUGUGAUGGCAGACACUGGUUUUAUAAACCUACUUUAGAUGGCAUUCAUAAUUUGAGUUUGACAGCUCACUGGUACUUUGCCUUUUAUUAAUUUAAUACUUUCCAUCCUAUCACGACCAAGUUACUCAAAAUAUUUUUCUCAGAGAAACAUUUUAGUUUCGCACAUUCUUUAGGGAAAUUAAAAACAACAUUUAUAUGCUUCCCAUCUUGAAUUGAUAAUUAACAUUUUUAAAAAGCCAAAUCCGGGCCGGCCGAGUGGUGCGAUGGUUAAGAACUCGCUUG